AUGUAAAAACCAUAAUACAUCUAUAAUCAUCAAAGUUAACCUUUGAAUAUUCUCUCUAUUGGCACAGCAACUUGCAGAUUCAAAUCCAUUCUUUAUCUAAACAAUAACAUAAUUUUACCAAUUGCCACAUCAAUUGCUAUUUAUGAUGAUAUGUAAAUAUUAUAGUCUAAUUCAUAGAACCUUUAAUAAAAUUACAUAAUUUUAAACAAAUCAAAGUACAAUCUAUAGUUUAAUUCAUAAUGAUAAUUUCAUAUAUUCAAUUGGACAUGAUGGAGAUAUUUGUUAAUUGGAUAUCAAGACUUAUAAAAAAGUUAAUUAUAUAAAUCAGUAAUAUAUAAAUCAAUAUAUAUCUUAGUUAAAUCGGAUCAUAAUGUAGAUGGUCAUCUAUUGAAGGAAAUGUUUUAUUGAUAAGUGCUGAACACUCAAAAAAUAAAGGAAUUAUACAAGUCUUAAAUGCAACUACACUUGAAUAGAUAUAAUUUUUUGAUGGCUGCUAUUUUUAUGGUUGUGUCUAGAAUUAAAUGUUUUAUUUAUUAAAAUCCAAAAGACAUGGCAAAUUAAGUAAAGAUGAUAAAGGUAGAUUAAAUUACAAGGAUUUAAAAAAAUAUAAGAAUAACAAACAAUAUCUAUUUUCACUUGAAGUACACAAUCAAUAGGGGUUAGAAAAGGUGUUACCAUUUGAAACUGAACCAGGAGAUAUUUUAGUGAUUGCUUAAAGUCCAAAAUAUAUUGCAUAUUUUUAUUAUGACAGAAGAAUACUAAUAUAUGACAUUGAAAAACAUUCAAUUAAUAUUCAUAAAGUAGAAGGAAAUGGAGUUAUAUAAGCAGCAUGUUUUUAAAAUGAUUAUGAAUUAGUAUUUUAGAAUAAGAAUAAAGAAAUUACAAUCUUUAAUUUAUAAACAUUGGAAAAGGUUGUAUAAUAAUAUAAGCAAGGAUUAAAUACUUUAGUAUAGGCUAUUUAUAAAAAGUAAGAUGUAUUAGUAACUGCAUCUGAAGAAAAUGUAACAAUAUAUAAAGCAGUUCAUGUAUUACAUAAAGAAUUUGGAGGAUUGACAAAAUGUGGUAUAGAUUUCUAUUAAAAUGAUUAUGUUGUAAGUGGAGAUUUCUUGGGAAAUAUAACAAUUAAUUCUUUGGAUACAGGAAAAUCAAUUGGAGAAUAUUUUAUAGGAUCAUCAAUUCGUUCAAUUGCUUGUAAGGAUGAUAUUAUUUAUAUUGGAACAAUGGAAGGAUAAUUGUAUAAGUAUGAAAAUGAGUAAUGUUAACAAUUUGAUUAAAUUGAAGGUUCAAUUACUUGUAUAAGAGUUAAAAAUGAUGAUUUACUUAUUUCAACUACACAUGGUUUAGUGAGAUUGUAUAAAAAUGAGAAAUAAUUAUUCACAUUUUUAGCACAUCCUCCAAAAGAGAAAUCAGAAUUAUUUGGAUCUCUUAAUAUACAUGCAGAUAUUUGGACUUGUAUAUUUAAUCCUGAAUAAGAUAUUUUUGCUACUGGUUCUGAAGAUUAAUGUGUAAAAGUCUUUGAUUAUAAUUAAAAAUAAAUUGUUGAAUUGACUGGACAUAAAUUAGCAGUAACAUGUUUAGAUUGGAAACACUCAUAAAAUAAAUUAAUAUUAUAUUCUUGUAGUGAUGAUAGAACAAUAAGAUUAUAUGAUUAAUAAUAUAGUCUCAUUAAAGUUAUCAAUACCUUUUUUAUUAAUGAAUGGUUUACAUUAACAUAUAUGAGUGUAUAUUAAAAUCUAAUUGCAAUUGGAUGUCAAAAUGGAUUUUUUUUCUUAUAUGAUUAAGAGAAGGGAGAUUUCAUUGUUGCAUAAAAGACACAUAUGGGUGGAAUAGAAGGAUUAGUUAUGAAUUCUAAAUAUAUUGCAACCUGUUCAAGUGAUGAUUGCGUAAAUGUGAUUAAAAUUAAUUGA